AUGAAAUAUUCAAUUGCUGUAUUCUUGUUGUUUGUGGCCUACGUUACUGGAGAUUAUGGUAGUGCAGCUGGUGGUGGUGGCGGUGCCGCCCGAUAUGGUCCCGUAACAAUUCCUGCUCCUCCUUGUCCAAAAAAUUAUUUGUUCAGCUGUCAACCUAGUCUGAGUCCAGCUCCUUGUUCUCCACCUGUUGCUGCUUUUGCUGCUGCUGCCGGUGGUAGUGGCGGUGCCGCCGCUGGAGGUGCUGGUGGGUCUGCUGGUGCAUACUCUCAACAAUAUCCCCUUUAUUCUGUACCUCAACCAUUUAAUGGAAUUCAAGUUAAUUUAGAUGGUUACCGUUACUAA